UAAAGAAAAAGCUAAAAGCAUUAUCUGCUCUCAUUGAACCAUCGCCUUUGUCGCUUAGAUUUGGGCAUUUCAGAACAACUCAAAGAUUGGCUUCGGAAUUUCAAUCCCAUUGACAGCAACUUUGUAUGGGGUUGACUUUUUCCCUAAAAAUUGUCCCUUGCUCCACUAUCGUUUAGACAUCUUUUUAAAACUUGGAUCUGUAUAACGCACAAUGUCAUUACAAAGCCGAGCAUUUUCUACAAUAUCUAGAGUCAUCAAAGCACCUGCAACGGCAACACCGGCCUUAUCAGCAGCUGUUCAUAAAAGAACAGAAAAACAACUUAACAAAACCAUGAAUGCUCAAGUACAAUCAAAGAUCUGCGAUUUAUUACAGAAUACAAAAGAACAGGACAAAGUGAAGUUGGCAGCAAGUAACCGGUUCCAGAAGUAUCAUCAUCCCGGUGACACUUAUCACCCAAUGGAUUUAGAUGAUACCCGCUACAAGGAGCAACAACGAACUCUACGCAACAGUUCCAAAAUCAACUCGGAAGAUCCCUUUGACCAAUUAGGGAUCGAUCCACUCCACCAAUACAAGAACUAUAAACUUUUGACAAGAUUUAUUUCAGAAACUGGAAAGAUUUUACCAAGGGAUCAAACAGGAGUUAGAGCGAAAAAUCAGCGUAGAUUAGCGAAAGCUAUUAAACGUGCUAGAGCAAUGGGUAAGUAACAAAAGCAAGAGAUUAUGAGGAUGGGUUGGGAAAAAUAAUGCAAAGCAGUUAAAGAUAUUGGAAU